AUGGCGGCUUCGUUCCAGGGAAGCGCCGAAAUCUCGAGCGCCAGUCCUUAUGCACUUACUGACACCCGGAAGCCUGGAAAGGGGCCAUCGCCUCCCGCGCAAGAUGCCUCGAGUAGCAUCCGUACCAUACUCUCUCUGUUCGCCAUACCGGAGGCGCAGAGGGAAGAAGAACCACCCGCGAAGCGGCGCAAAGUCGCAGAUGGCAGCGCUGUGUCCAUACAGUCGCUGCCCGAAGUUAGCGACAAGAACAGCAUUGUGUUGGCCCACAUGUGUCUGGAAUUGAAGUCACCUCCUGCAUCGCCCGCGGGCCCUAGUAUGAUGUACAUGCCGACCGAAUUACAAGAAUCUGUAGCCCUAGAGCUGGAGCUCGUCCGCAGGGAGCACUCUCAGCCGGCUCUCCGAAUAGAGCUCUUCAACAUAGCCAGGAACACUGGAGUAGACCUGGUUGCCGCGACGCCGGCCCCUGUACUAGACUCGAUACUACCGCACCUCCGGAACGCCGCCACACUUGCCACUACGCGGCGUGGGAAAAAGUCCAAGCCUGUGUUUCGGGCUGCCUUCAGUCGCUGUCUGCUGCAUCGGCCUAAGCCUGGACAAGCCUCCUACAAGUUGCAAGUCGAGAUACGAUGGACAUUAGGCAUAUCAGUCGUUGAAGACCAUAAUGUGCGGGGACACUUUAUGAAUGAGGACCUGAAGCUUCUCUCGUCUUACACAAGGGAUGCAGCCACGCAGGACGACAAGAAAUGGACCCUGUCUGAUUUCUACGACUCUGUCCAUGUACCACCGCCAGAUCUCAAGGUCUCGCCACGCAUCGGACAAGCUCUGACAGAUACGGCAAUGUUGCCUUUCCAAGAGCGCACUGUGGAUUGGCUCCUCCGACGCGAAGGUGUCACAUUCUCUCCCUCAGGCGCACUCGAACCUUUUGUCAACACUUCGCCACCGGCCUCGUUGCGACAGACGCAGGAUGCAACAGGGCGACUGUGCUACGUGAGCCAGCUCCGGGGCACUAUAGUAACCGACUUGGCUGCGGCAAAAGGGGAUUCGCUGCAAGCACUUAGAGGCGGGAUCCUCGCUGAGGAGAUGGGUCUGGGCAAGACGGUUGAGCUAAUCGCGCUCAUAUCGCACCACAAGCGAGAUGUCCCCCCGGGCAAUGUCUACGAUGAAUAUACAGGUGUCCAUGUAAAACCUUCUGGGGCUACAUUGAUCAUUACCCCACCCUCCAUUCUGGAGCAGUGGAUAAGCGAAAUGCAUACCCAUGCCCCCGAGCUCAAGGUCUGCCAUUACAAGGGACUCCCACCUACAUCAGCACCGAAGAACCAACAUGACGCGGCAUCGAUUGAUUAUUUGAUGCAACACGAUGUAGUUGUGACCACAUACCAAGUCCUCUCCAAAGAGAUCCACCAUGCCGUUCCUCCCCCUGAUCGCAGCUCUCGACGCGCCAAACGCCACGAGCGUCGAACUAGCCCGCUCAUGGGCAUCUCAUGGUGGAGGGUCUGUCUUGACGAAGCACAGAUGGUAGAGAGUGGAGUGAGUCAAGCCGCCCAAGUAGCUCGAAUAAUACCACGCUGCAAUGCCUGGGCCGUAUCCGGAACCCCUCUGCGCAAGGAUGUUCAGGAUUUACGUGGUCUCUUAGUAUUCCUUCGUUGCGAUGCUUUUGCAAACAGCAGAGCAGUUUGGAGCCGACUCGACAAAGCAUCCUUUACGGGAAUAUUCCACGAGAUAACUCUUCGGAAUACAAAAGACAAGAUCCGCGACGAGUUGCAGUUGCCACCACAGAAGCGUAUUGUCAUCACUGUUCCAUUCACCACUAUCGAGGAACAGCACUACGAUGAGAUGAUGCGCCAAAUGUGUGAUGCUUGUUGGCUCACACCAGAAGGUUUACCAUUGGAUGAAGAGCGUGAUCUAGAGGAUGAGGAGCGGACCGAACGAAUGCGGGAGUGGCUGGUUAGGCUGCGGCAGACGUGUCUUCAUGUGAAUGUUGGCAGAAAGAAUCGAAAAGCCUUGGGUGCGAAGAACGGCGCUCUCCGCACUGUAAAUGAAGUUUUGGAGGUCAUGAUAGAACAAAACGACACAAAGUGGAAGGCUGAAGCUCGUGAGAUGAUCCUUUGCCUACUCAAACAAGGUCACAUUCAAGCCUAUGCUGGGGAUUUUGCCAACAGAGCCAAAUCUGCGCUUCCAUACUACAGCGCUGCCCUACUAGAGGCACAGUCGUACAUCGCAAUAUGCAGGGCUGAGCUAUCAGAGGAACAGGAGAAACUAGGUCGGACUUCUACAGCUAGUCUUCGCGAAGAUGGGGAAGGCGAUGAGGUAGAGGACGACAAGAUGGGCCGUAUCCCAGUCUUACGCAAAUCGCUGCGAUCAUUCCUGGAGCUCGAGCAUGCUGCACAAUUCUUCAGGGCUACAUCAUUUCAUCAAAUCAAAGAGGAUCCCUCUCUUACCGAGCCAGGCUCCGAGGACUGGCAUGAGAAAGACAGAGCCGAGACAAACUACUAUGAGGCGGCCAAAGCGGUCCGGCGUGAACUCUUGAAAGAGUCGAAGAACAGAGCUCAGCAGCAAAUGGAAAAAGUCAACGCCAAGAAGCCAUUUCAUCAGAUACGCAAAAUCAGUGACCUUCCAGACAUGGGUGGUAUCGAAGCACGGAAAAUCCUCGAGACAAUGGACAAUCUUGGUGAUUUCUUGAAUGCACAGGCGGAGCAGAUACAGAUAUGGCGCUCGAAGAUUGUUGAAAUUCUUCUGACGCGACUAAUAGACGAUGACGACGAACAAGAGACCACUGGCGUGGAGUAUGAUGAAUCACUCAAAGCUCAAGAUGAGCUCUAUGUGUACAUCAUGGCUCUUCGCACAUUGGUCGCCGACCGUCAUGCUGCUGUACAUGGGCUUCAGGACGCUCUGGUCGAACACGAACUGAAGGCUGCUGAAAAGAAGGCCCUCAAGAAAGAAAAUGAGGAAGAUAGGGGCCAUGCACCCGAACUAGUCAUUGAGGUUGUACACACCCGACGUAAGCUGAAAAGCACACUGAAGGCUGGAUCCUUGAAAGGCGUUGUAUCAGGCAUUCGCUCGCUUAUUACUAGUGUACAGUGGAAGGCGGGUGCCGGUGAUGUACGCGCUGCAGCAGAAUUGAGUAUACUCCAGGAGCAACUGAAGAAGGUACAGGCUAUUGCUACGGAACAGGCAAAAGCGAUUACCGAGUUGGAGAAAGAGCAGGAGAUGUAUCGAGCCACCAUGAACCAGCGCCUGGAGUACUACCGACAGUUUCAACGCAUUUCAGAUACGGUUGCGAAGUACAAGGAAGACCUAGACGAGACCUUUGACGCUCGUACAUUCAACGAAACGGAACGUCUGCGCGAGAAGAAGAAGCAGAGUGCUGCUGGGUUCAAAACAAAGUGCACUUACCUCAAGCACCUCAGAAUUGAGAACCAAAACGAAGCUACGGCUGAAUGCAUCAUCUGUAGGGAAGACAUUGAAAUGGGCGUUCUGACAACAUGCGGACACAAAUAUUGCAAAGAAUGCAUAAAUCAAUGGUGGCAUGCUCAUCGGACUUGUCCCACCUGCAAGCAAAAACUAGGGUCCUCGGAUUUCAAAGACAUCAGUUUCAAACCCACGGAAAUCAAAGCGCAAGAAGAGACGAGCACAGGUACAACGGCCAAUACCCCAAUGCAGGAGUCUUCUUCCUCCACCCCAGGCCCAUCAUCCGCAAUAUCACCGCCAUCCAUUUAUGCGGAUAUCAGCACCGCCACAAUGAAACAGAUCAAAACAAUCGACCUCGAUGGCUCUUUUGGUACAAAGGUCGAUAUGAUUGCACGCCACCUCCUCUGGAUCCGGGCCAACGAUCCAGGCGCCAAGUCCAUCAUAUUCUCUCAAUUCGGCGAUUUCUUCUCUGUGCUGCGCGAAGCGUUCAAGAAAUGGAAGAUUGGCGCCACCAGCAUUGCAGACCGCGAUGGUAUCCGGCUGUUCAAAACGGAUCCUUCGAUCGAGUGUCUUCUCCUCGACGCAAAAUCCGACUCAUCAGGACUGACCCUGGUCAACGCCACAUACGUGUUUCUCUGCGAACCGCUCAUCAACGCCGCCAUUGAGCUGCAGGCCAUCAGCCGUGUCCAUCGUAUCGGGCAGAAGCGCGGCACAACCGUCUUCAUGUACCUCGUAGCGGGGACGGUGGAAGAAGCCAUCUACGACAUCAGCGUCAAGAGGCGCCUAGAACACAUCUCCUCUUCGUCCGACAACAAACGCAACACCCACCAAGCUCAUUCCGACAACAACACCGAUACCCCAAUGCCCGAUGCCGCACAAGCCCUCCGCGUCCUAGGCGAAAACACCCUCGACGCAGCAAACUCGGCAGAACUCCAGGCCGCGCCCCUCCGCAACUUGCUGCGCAAAAAAGGCGACGGUGAAGUCGUGCCUGAGGACGACCUAUGGCAUUGUCUGUUUGGCAAGCGGAGAAAGACCAUCGAGCCCGUCGUGCAGACUGCCAUAGACAGGGAGUUGCGCGCUGGCGCUGUAGAAGACAGAAUCGCGGAUCUGAAUGCUAUUGCUGCUGUUGCGGCUGAUGGGCUGCUUGGAGAUAAUGCUGGGAAUGCUGCUGCUGCUGCUACUGCGGCUGGUCCCGCGGAUAGGAUGGAUGUAGAUGCCCGUGUGGAUGCAGAUGGAGAUUUGAAUGCUGGAACUAGGUUUUAG